GAUGUUAUUUCUUUGCUAAACAGUCAAGUUAAACUUCGCUAAACAGUCAAGUUAAACUUUGCUAAACAGUCAAGUUAAACUUCGCUAAACAGUCAAGUUAAACUUUGCUAAACAGUCAAGUUAAGCGCCGGCGGUUCAGCAUUUGACAAAUACAUUUAUUUAAAUUUGUUGUAUUUCAAAAGUUUGAUGCAGAUCUCAGUGGAAUAUGUGUGACAUCAUGGACCCAGCACCAAAAGUCAGAUUAGCUUACUUGAACGUUUGUUUCGCCUGGUUCAUUGUGUCAACAGUUCAAGGACAAGCACGGAUAAACGAUGCUAGAGCCAUUGAAGAUUUCCUCAAAAAUUACCACAACCAAGCCAGCAAAUUAUAUUACAAUUACAAAGAGAAUUCCUGGAAUUACCAAUUUGACCCAACGUCGCAAAAUAAAAACCUUAUGGAUGCAUCCAAAGAAACAUGGGACAAGUUUUUAGCAGAGGGUACGAUCAACGCUUCUCGGUACGACACUUCUGUAAUGUCCGAAAGAGACCAGAGAAUAUUUAAAUUACUCUUAGACAUUGAUUUUGCGGCACAGAAGAAUGAAGUCAAACUAAAGCGAAUAAAUGAACUGAAAGAGAAAAUGAAAUCAGAAUCCAGUAAAGCUAAAACAGGUGACAUGAAAAGUUCUCGUGAUUAUCUGGGGCUUCUGCAGGUUUGGAAAGACUAUAGAGACGCCAUUGGUACGAAAUUGAAACCUCUCUAUCCUGAAUUCGUUGAAUUAGGAAAUGAAGCGAUCCGAAUUUUGGGCUAUGACGACAUGGGUGCCUAUAUGCGAUCGCACUAUGUGUCAGACAAACCUGUAGAUGAAAUGUACACACUUUACGAAGGUAUACGUCCUCUCUAUGAGCAGCUCCACGCCUACGUCCGGGGUAAACUGAAACGUCUUUACGGAGAGGACAAAUUCCCAGCGUCUGGUCAUAUCCCAGCUCAUAUUCUCGGAGAUCAAUUGGCUAUCAAUUGGAAUUAUUUAGAAAAUGAGUUCAUUCCUUAUCCCAGUUUAACUACGUUGGAUCUGACUGAUGAAAUGGUUAAACAGAACUACACCGUUUUAAAGAUGAUUCAAACUGCCGACCAAUUUUACCAAUCACUGGAUCUUAAACCAAUGCCAAAAGAAUUUUGGGAGAAAUCGGUGUUUGAAAAGCCGACUGAUGUACCCCAAUUUAAUUGUCGAAAUACAUACUGGGGCUUUAGAAAUGGUAAAGAUGUCAGAAUGCAGAUGUGCGCUACUGUUAAAUUUAGUGACCUCUUAACAGCUUACAAGUUGAUGGCUUUUAUUCAAUACACUCUUCAAUUUGCUGAUCAACCAUUUGUGUUGCAAGAAGACCCUAAUCCAAGUUUCGAAAUGGCUUUGGGAGAAGCCAUGCUAUUGUCAGUAAAUUCACCUCAUUAUCUACAAAGUAUUGGUUUAUUGAAGGAAGUCAUUGAUAACAAAGAACUUGAACUAAACAGCUUGAUGACUAUGGCCCUGAAGAUCAUUUCCUUUCUUCCAUUCGGUUACUUGGCUGAAAAAUGGCGUUACCAAGUGUUUCGAGGGGAAACAACUCAAGAUAAAUACAAUAAAGAGUGGUGGAACUUAAGGUGUCAGUAUCAAGGUAUUUAUCCUCCUGCAAAAAGAUCAUCGGAUGACUUUGAUCCAGGAGCUGCAUCUUGGAUUUCAUCGCAUACGUCAUACUUAAAAGUGUUCGUAGGCUAUAUUUUACAGUUCCAAUUUUAUAAAGCGUUGUGUGACAUAUCUGGCUACGAAGGACCUCUACACAGAUGUGAUAUUUCUAAAAGUAAUGCCAUUGGCAAAAAACUGAGUAAGAUGUUAAAGCUUGGAACAUCCAAGCCUUGGCCUGAAACUUUGGAAAUAUUGACUGGUAAGAAGGCAUAUGACACUCAGCCUCUGAUGGAUUACUUCAAACCUUUGAUGGAGUUCCUAAAAAAAGAAAUUGGUCAAGAAAAGGUCGGAUGGGAGACGAAUUGUCCACUCAAUAAUAAUUAAAAUUACAGCAGCCGACACAAUUAUUGAUGAGCAGUACAUUAGACUCUACGAGACAAGUAAAGACAUAUUACUUUGGCAUAGACACGAUACUUAAUCGACCUAGACAUGAAACUUAAUUGACAUAGACACGACACUUACUAGAAAAUUGAAAUGCAAGUCAAAAUAAAGUCAAUGAAACCCCA